CCCCCUCCCCUCUCCCGGGUCCUCCCCGGCUCCUCUCCUGGGCGGUGCAGUCCGGAGCGCUGCGCCCGCGGCUCCCAACUCUGUCCUCGGAAACCUGCUCUCACCCCAUCCAGAGCCAUGCUUCGUGUGAUUGUGGAAUCUGCCUUCAACAUCCCUAAAACGACAUUUGGGAAGCCGGACCCUAUUGUUUCUGUUAUCUUUAAGGAUGAGAAAAAGAAAACAAAGAAAAUUGAUAAUGAACUCAACCCUGUCUGGAAUGAGAUUUUGCAGUUUGAUUUGAGGGGCAUACCACUCGACAUUUCAUCCUCCCUUGGGAUUGUUGUGAAGGAUUUUGAGACAAUUGGACAAAAUAAAUUAAUCGGCACAGCCACUUUAUCCCUGAAGGACCUGAUUGGCGACCAGAGCAGAUCACUGCCAUACAAACUGAUCUCCCUGCUAAAUGAAAACGGGCAAGAUACUGGGGCCACCAUUGACUUGGUGAUUGGCUAUGAUCCACCUUCAACUCCACAUCCAAAUGACUUCAGUGGGACCAGCGUGUCAGGCAUGGGAGGAGAGGAGGAGGAAGAUGGAGGUGAGGAAGACGGCACGGUCCAGGUCCCGGCGCCCAAGAGGUCAGGUAGGACAGCGUCGGAGGCUCAGCUUGCCCGGAGGAUCACCAAAGGGAAGAGCACGCGGCGGCUUCUGUCCAACAAGCCCCAGGACUUCCAGAUCCGGAUCCGAGUGAUCGAGGGCCGGCAGUUAAGUGGCAACAACAUAAAACCUGUGGUCAAAGUCCACGUUUGCAACCAGACGCACCGAACAAGAAUCAAGAGAGGGAACAACCCCUUUUUCGAUGAGUUGUUUUUCUACAAUGUCCACAGAACCCCUUCUGAAUUGAUGGAUGAGGUCAUCAGCAUUCGGGUUUAUAAUUCCCAUUCUCUGCGGGCAGAUUGUCUGAUGGGGGAAUUUAAGAUUGAUGUUGGAUUCGUUUUUGAUGAACCUGGUCACGCUGUCAUGAGAAAAUGGCUUCUUCUCAAUGACCCUGAAGAUGCCAGCUCGGGUGCUAAAGGUUACAUAAAAGUCAGCAUGUUUGUCCUGGGAACCGGAGAUGAGCCUCCUCCUGAGAAACGGGAUCGUGAUGAUGAUGAUAGUGACGAUGUGGAGAGUAAUUUGUUGCUCCCUGCUGGCAUUGCCCUCCGGUGGGUGACCUUCUUGCUGAAAAUCUACCGAGCAGAGGACAUCCCCCAGAUGGACGAUGCUUUCUCUCAGACCAUAAAGGAAAUCUUUGGAAGCAAUGCAGAUAAGAAGAACCUAGUGGAUCCCUUUGUAGAAGUUUCCUUUGCUGGAAAAAAGGUUUGCACAAAUAUAAUUGAGAAAAAUGCAAACCCUGAGUGGAAUCAAGUCGUUAAUCUCCAGAUCAAGUUUCCGUCAGUGUGUGAAAAAAUAAAACUAACAAUAUUUGACUGGGAUCGUCUUACCAAAAAUGAUGUAGUUGGAACAACAUAUCUUCAUCUUUCUAAAAUCGCUGCCUCCGGUGGAGAAGUGGAAGAUUUCUCAUCUUAUGGAUCUGGGGCUGCAACAUAUACAGCAAAUACAGGAGAAACAGAGGUGGGCUUUAUUCCAACAUUUGGACCUUGUUAUCUGAACCUUUAUGGAAGCCCCAGAGAAUACACAGGAUUCCCAGACCCCUAUGAUGAGCUAAAUACUGGGAAGGGAGAAGGAGUUGCCUACAGAGGUAGAAUCUUGGUUGAACUGUGCACUCUUCUUGAAAAGACACCACCAGAGAAAAGGCUUCAGUCCAUUUCCAGUGAUGACCUGCUGGUUGUUGAGAAAUACCAGCGAAGGCGAAAGUACAGCCUGUCUGCUGUGUUCCAUUCGGCCACCAUGUUGCAAGAUGUUGGCGAGGCCAUUCAGUUUGAAGUCAGCAUUGGGAACUAUGGCAACAAGUUUGACUCAACCUGUAAGCCUUUGGCAUCAACCACUCAGUACAGCCGUGCCAUAUUUGAUGGGAACUACUAUUAUUACCUGCCUUGGGCCCACACAAAGCCAGUUGUUACUCUGACUUCAUAUUGGGAGGAUAUUAGUCAUCGCCUGGAUGCAGUCAACACUCUCUUAGUCAUGGCAGAACGGCUGCAAUCAAACAUAGAGGCUCUAAAAUCAGGGAUACAGGGUAAAAUUCCUGCAAACCAGUUGGCAGAAAUAUGGUUGAAGCUGAUUGAUGAAGUUAUAGAAGACACAAGCUACACGUUGCCUCCAGUGGAAGGAAACCCUAAUGUCACAAUGCUGGACACUCAGAUCCAAAAGCUGCGGUCCAGGUCUCUCUCCCAGAUUCAGGAGGCAGCUGUGAAGAUGAGGUCUGAGGCCAUAGACGUGGAGUCCACAGUGGGGGAAAUUGAGGAGUGGCUUUAUAAACUAAUGCAACUGACUGAAGAGCCUCAGAACAGCGUGCCUGACAUUAUCAUCUGGAUGAUCCGGGGAGAGAAAAGACUGGCCUAUGCACGCAUUCCCGCGCAUCAGGUUUUGUACUCCACCAGAGGGGAGAAUGCAUCUGGGAAGUACUGUGGGAAGAUCCAAACCAUCUUUCUGAAGUACCCACAGGAGAAAAACAAUGGGCCAAAGGUGCCUGUGGAGUUGCGAGUGAACAUCUGGCUGGGCCUAAGUGCUGUUGAGAAGAAGUUCAAUAGCUUCGCCGAGGGAGCAUUCACUGUCUACGCUGAAAUGUAUGAAAACCAAGCUCUUAUGUUUGGAAAAUGGGGCACUUCUGGAUUAGUGGGUCGCCAUAAAUUUUCUGAUGUCACAGGAAAAAUAAAACUCAAGAGGGAGUUCUUCCUGCCUCCAAAGGGCUGGGAGUGGGAAGGAAGCUGGACAGUUGAUCCUGAAAGAAGCUUGCUGACUGAGGCCGAUGCGGGUCACACGGAGUUCACGGAUGAAGUAUAUCAGAAUGAGAGUCGCUACCCCGGGGGCGAGUGGAAGCCGGCCGAAGACCCCUACACAGACACGAACGGUGACAAAGCAGCAUCACCCAGUGAGCUCAUGUGCCCCCCAGGUUGGAGGUGGGAAGACGAUGCAUGGGAAUAUGACAUAAAUCGUGCAGUGGAUGAGAAAGGCUGGGAGUAUGGAAUUACUAUUCCUCCCGAUAAUAAGCCCAAGUCCUGGGUUGCUGCAGAGAAAAUGUAUCAUACUCAUAGACGACGAAGGCUGGUCCGAAAACGCAAGAAAGAUUCAACACAGUCCACUGCCAGUACUGCAAAGGCCAUGAAAGAAUUUGAAGACCAGGAGGGCUGGGAAUAUGCUUCUCUAAUUGGCUGGAAAUUUCACUGGAAACAACGCAGCUCAGAUACCUUUCGCCGCAGACGCUGGAGGAGAAAAAUGGCUCCUUCAGAAACACUCGGUGCAGCGGCCAUCUUUAAACUGGAAGGUGCCCUGGGCGCAGACACGACUGAGGACGAAGAUGAAAAAAGCGCAGGAAAGCAGAAGCACAGCGCCACCUCUGUGUUUGGGGCCAAUACUCCCAUCGUUUCCUGUGACUUUGACAGAACCUACAUGUACCAUCUGCGCUGCUACAUCUACCAAGCCAGGAACCUCAUGCCGUUAGACAAGGACAGCUUUUCAGACCCAUAUGCUCAUGUUUCCUUCCUCCAUCGAAGUAAAACCACGGAGAUCAUCCACUGUACUCUGAAUCCCACAUGGGAUCAAACCAUUAUAUUUGAUGAAAUUGAAAUCUGUGGGGAACCCCAAACAGUCCUACAGAGCCCACCCAAAGUUGUCAUCGAACUUUUUGACAGUGAUAAAAUGGGCAAAGAUGAAUUUUUAGGACGAAGCAUGUGCUCUCCUCUGGUGAAACUAAACUCAGAAAUGGACAUCGCGCCCAAGCUUCUCUGGUACCCAGUAAUGAAUGGGGACAAGGCUUGCGGGGACGUCCUUGUAACUGCAGAGCUGAUUCUGAGACAGAAGGGUGGCUCCAACCUUCCCAUUCUUCCCUCACAAAGGGCACCGAAUCUAUACAUGGUCCCCCAGGGGAUCCGGCCUGUGGUUCAGCUCACUGCUAUUGAGAUUCUAGCUUGGGGCUUAAGAAAUAUGAAAAACUACCAGAUGGCUUCUAUCACAUCCCCGAGUCUCAUUGUGGAGUGUGGAGGGGAGAGGGUAGAGUCCGUGGUCAUCAAAAACCUUAAGAAGACACCCAACUUUCCGGGUUCCGUUCUCUUCAUGAAAGUGUUCUUGCCCAAAGAGGAACUGUACAUGCCUCCGCUGGUGAUCAAGGUCAUUGAUCACAGGCAGUUUGGACGGAAGCCCAUUGUCGGCCAGUGCACCAUCAACCACCUGGACCGCUUUCGCUGUGACCCGUAUGCAGGGAAGGAGGAUAUCGUGCCACAGCUCAAAGCCUCCUUUAUGUCUACCCCACCCUGCCGGGACGUCAUUAUUGAAAUAGAAAACACCAAACCAUUGCUGGCUUCGAAGUGCUUAAGCAGCAUGUCAACAGCACUCGGCAAAAUGAUUCCUCCAAGGACAGUGCAUCUGACAGAAAAGGAGGAAGAAAUCAUUGACUGGUGGAGUAAAUUUUAUGCUUCCACAGGGGAACAUGAAAAAUGUGGACUUUAUAUUCAGAAAGGCUAUUCCAAACUCAAGAUAUAUGAUUGUGAACUAGAGCAUGUAGCAGAAUUUGAGGGCCUGACAGACUUCUCAAACACUUUCAAGCUGUAUCGAGGCAAAUCAGACCACAAUGAAGACCCUUCUGUGGUAGGAGAGUUUAAGGGCUCCUUUAGAAUCUACCCGCUGCCUGAUGACCCCAGCGUGCGGCCCCCUCCCAGGCAGUUUCGGGAAUUGCCUGACAGCGUCCCGCAGGAAUGCUUGGUUCGGAUUUACAUUGUUCGAGGCUUAGAGCUGCAGCCCCAGGACAACAAUGGCCUGUGUGACCCGUAUAUAAAGAUAACGCUGGGCAAGAAAGUAAUCGAAGACCGGGACCACUACGUACCCAACACCCUCAACCCGAUUUUCGGCAGGAUGUAUGAACUGAGCUGCCACCUACCUCAAGAAAAAGAUCUGAAAAUCUCCGUCUACGAUUACGACACCUUUACCCGUGAUGAAAAGGUGGGAGAGACCAUCAUUGAUCUGGAAAACCGGUUCCUCUCUUGCUUUGGGUCCCACUGCGGCAUCCCGGAGCAGUACUGUGUUUCUGGAGUGAAUACCUGGCGAGACCAAUUGAGACCAACACAGCUGCUUCAAAAUGUGGCCAGAUUCAAAGGCCUCCCACCGCCCAUCCUUUCUGAAGAUGGAAGCAGAAUCAGAUAUGGAGGACGAGAGUACAGUUUGGAUGAAUUUGAAGCCAACAAAAUCCUGCACCAGCACCUCGGGGCCCCUGACGAGCGCCUCGCCCUCCACAUCCUCAGGACCCAGGGGCUGGUCCCUGAGCAUGUGGAAACCAGGACUCUGCACAGCACCUUCCAGCCCAACAUCAUCCAGGGAAAGCUGCAGAUGUGGGUGGAUGUCUUCCCCAAGAAUUUGGGCCCACCGGGCCCUCCUUUCAACAUCACUCCCCGGAAAGCCAAGAGAUUCUACCUCCGUGUGAUCAUCUGGAACACCAAGGACGUUAUCUUGGACGAGAAAAGCAUCACAGGAGAGGAGAUGAGCGACAUCUAUGUCAAAGGCUGGAUUCCUGGCAGUGAAGAAAACAAACAGAAAACAGAUGUCCAUUACAGGUCCUUGGAUGGCGAAGGGAAUUUUAACUGGAGAUUUGUUUUCCCGUUUGACUACCUCCCAGCUGAACAACUGUGUCUCGUGGCUAAAAAAGAGCAUUUCUGGAGUAUCGACCAAACCGAAUUUCGGGUGCCACCCAAACUGAUCAUCCAGAUUUGGGAUAACGACAAGUUUUCUCUGGAUGACUUCUUGGGUUUCCUGGAACUGGAUUUGCAUCGCACCAUCAUUCCAGCAAAAUCAUCUGAGAAGUGUCAUUUGGACAUGAUCCCGGACCUCAAGGCCAUGGACCCCCUGAAAGUGAAAACGGCCUCCCUCUUCGAGCAGAAGUCCAUGCGAGGCUGGUGGCCAUGCUACAGGGACCAAGAGGGCUCCCGGGUGAUGGCGGGGAAAGUGGAGAUGACGUUGGAAAUCCUUAAUGAGAAGGAGGCCGACGAGAGGCCAGCCGGGAAGGGAAGGGAUGAACCCAACAUGAACCCCAAGCUGGACCUACCAAACCGGCCAGAUACCUCCUUCCUGUGGUUCACCAACCCGUGCAAGACCAUGAAGUUCAUCGUGUGGCGCCGAUACAAGUGGGUCAUCAUCGGCCUGCUGAUCCUGCUGAUCCUGAUGCUCUUCGUGGCUGUGCUCCUGUACUCCUUACCGAACUAUUUGUCAAUGAAGAUCGUGAGGCCAAAUGCAUAAGAAGAGCCAAAGCUUCUAUUCAAGAGUCAUCAGCAAGGAGGGAGCCCUGUCUGUGUUUUUGGACCAAAAGCAAGAGUGAUUGUGUCUGUGUCUGAGAUGACACUCCAAGGGCAGGUUACACUCCUUUGCCAGAGCCCGGCAGCACCCAGGGAGUGCGGGUCCCAGAGGCCGGGCCAACUAGCAACACUUCUACCUUCUGAAGUAUGAGAACUUCUUCUGUGUUCUUCAAAAUAAUUUUCAAGGUGGCUGGUUCCAUUUUAAGGAAAUUAUCUUUUUUUUUUUUUUUUUUUUUUUUUGUCCGUGUCCUUCGUUCUAUGAUUCUAUCUUUGGGAAAUGCUGAAAUUGAAUUUGAAAAUUCCUGCGUCUUGACCUCAUUGUCUUCUUACUUAAUAAUCAACAGAGAGGACUGUGCAUUACAAAAACAGAAUAGUUAGACUCAUUCUUUUUUAUGCCUGCAAUCCUUGUUAUGAUAUUUUAUAUGGAUAAAUAUCACGAUAUUUUAUGUGGGUAAAUGUUUAUCAACCUCUGUGGUAAACCCAAAUAAAAGCAUUGCACUUUGAACAC